AUGAGCUCAGGAGAUACCUAUUAAAUAGGUGCUAGAGAUGUUUCAAUCAAGGACGACAAGCAGUACAGCAGAGUUAUAGGCACUAAGACAUAUGGUGAUGAUGAUGAACAAGAAAACAAUGUAGUCGGUGAUGUUCAAACAUUAGAUGGAAAUGAUGAUGACGUGAAAAAUCAACCUAUUGAUGAAGAUGACAACUUCAACAGCGACCCUAACCGUCAUUCUGAUAUGAAAUCAUUUUACGGAAAAGUUCAAACUUAGUCAACAACAGAUAGAAUAAGAUUAGGCAAAUAAGAAGAGUUUAAUGAGGAUGGAUUUGAUAUUGGUUAAAAAAAUCCUAACAAGAGUGGAAGCCGAAAGCAAAAUAUGAACAAGAGCGCCAAAGGCAAAGAUCUUAACAAAAGUGGAAAAGGAAAACAGUCGAAUAAGGGACCAACCAAUACAGAUGAAAUCUUCUCUAAAGCCUCUGAUGGUCCAGUGAAUAGAUCUGGAAAGUAUAAGCAAUCACCAGUAGAGGAUGAACCAACUCCAUCAGGAAAGCAAGGUCCAGGUAGCAUCAAUUUUGAUGAUGAAGAUACUGACUCUACUAGGUUGUCUAUUCUUGAAAAACUAAGAUUGAUCUUCAGAGUAAUAGGAAGCUUAAUCUCUUUCAUGAAUUUGAUAGGGCUAAUAUUCUACGCUCUUAAGCAUGAAUUCCAUUCUUAACAGCUAUUUCAGUCAUUCAAUGCGUUUGUAGCUUUGAGACCAGUAAUUAUUUUGAUAUGGAGUGUGAUUCUCCUAGUCAGAAAUCUUUGCAUAUAUAAGAUUGAUCAUCACAAAACCGAUGUUACUGGUGACUUGAAAGUAGUGUGCAUUAAUGGACUUAUUAUGUAUCUUAGCUUCCCUCUAAUGUUUUGGUUUGGUCUAUUCAGAGUCUAUGCAGUGAAGGACUUCGCAAUGAUUAUUUUCGUUAACUACGUCCUUGAAUUCAUUCAGAAUAUAGCACUAAUUUUCGUCUAAGGCACAAAUAAUGCUAUGAUCAACGAAAGAUUCCCCACAAAUUUGAACAAAUAUACACUAGGACUCACUAUUAUCUCUCUAAUAGAAAUAUUUUUGCAACUGUGCAUUUUCUUCUUAGAAGUCAGAUUUAAUAACAAAAUGAGAAAUGAAGCUAUAGGUACUAGUAAUAACACUAAAAAAUACGAACCACUCUCUGAAGAAAGAAGAAGAGUCAGAAAUUUCAGAAAUUCUGCUAUUCUUAGCUCUCUCGGAAUAGUCCUAUUUAUUAUGAUAAUUGCUAUUGGGAAUGAAAAGCUAGAUGGUAGAUCUUGCUCAUUUGGCAGAGUUUUAGAAGGAGGAGUGUGUGUGGAAUGCUCCGAUCAAUAUUGCUUAUAGUGCAGUCAAGCUAAAGAUUAAUGCGAUUAUUGUAUGCAAGGCAAUUAUCUUGAUGUAGAGACUAAAUAAUGCAAAAUGUGUGAUGCUUAGGGUAUUUGCAGAUCCUGUGGAUAUGAUGGUACCUGCACUAAAUGCAUUUCUGGUUACAGAGUUCAUAAGGGUGGUUGUUUCACCUGCUCAGCUACUGAAGGUUGUGCUGCAUGCUCUGGAACUGAAUGCCUUGUUUGUAAUGAAGGCUACUAUCUUGAUCCAGAAACAAAAUCCUGUGUAAAAUGUUCUACCCUCCACCCAUACUGCACAAAGUGUAAUGAUAAGUAGUAAUGCCUUAACUGUCUUGAUGGUGUUGCAAAUUUGGCAAAUGGCACAUGCUUAUGCAAUGAUAUAAAUGGAUGGUCUAUCUCAAAUACAUCUACUCCUACUAAAUAAAUGUGCUCAUGUAAUGACGGGAAAUUCGUUGACACUACCUUGGGAAUGAGAUGUGCAGCAUGUAGCUAACAUAUCGUAGGCUGCGAAGACUGUUAAUCAAUCACAUCUUAUAUCUAUGGCCACAAAUACAUUGGAACAACCGAUCUCAAUCCUAAGUAAGCAGGCUAUUUGAAAUGUAGAGAGUGUGGCCCAACCAAAUAUUUAGAUUUAGACUUAAAAGAAUGCAGAUAUUGCAAGAAUAAUUUGCCUGGCUGUUUGAAUUGUGAUAAAUAUGGGCAAGGAUGUACCUAAUGCUAAAACGGAUAUUUCUUGUAUCAAGCAGAAAAAUCUUAAUCAUUUGAAUGUGGAUAAUGCUCGGAUUCUGUAACUUAUUGCGAUCUAUGCAGCUCCUCAGAUUCCUGUGAUCAAUGCUAGACUGGUUACUCACUUACUCAAACAGGAAAGUGCACUAAAAACUGA